GUUCGAUUAUCCGGGAACUCCGUGAAACAGCUCAUUUUCGCCAUUUCCGUUUUGUAGGUCCGUAGAAAAGGUUGUGUGUGGAAGCUAAGCUGCGGCGUUACAGUACGGAAAUUUAAAGCAAAAAACCAAUUCAAACAUGCCAGACUGGAGAGAACGUGACGAUUCCGACCGCGGCUAUGGCGGUGGUGGUGGUGGCGGAGGCGGCGGCGGCGAUAGCUACAGCUACGACCGGGAACGUCGGGACUACCGUAGCGACCGCGGCGGAUACGACCGUAAUGGCGGUGGCGGUGGAGGCUACCGCUCGGGCGGCUACGGAGGUCGCCGUGACGAUGAUGGCGGCUACCGUGGAGGCGGCGGCGGCGGUGGCUACCGUGGAAACGGCGGCGGAGGCGGCGGUGGCGGCGGCAGCCGAGGACCGCCGAGGAUUGACCCGGCUACCGCCAAGACCGAAGUGUUCGAGGUCGAAGCCGACAAGGUUAAGUUCAUAAUCGGUCGUGGCGGUAACAAGAUCCGUGAGAUUCAGGACCGUUGCCGUGUGUCGGUGCAGAUUGACAAGGCUCGCAACGAGAACGGCGCCAAUAAUGUGUCGGUGAUGGGCGAUCAGCUGAACAUUGAUCGUGCACGGGACAUGAUCAAUACCAUCAUUAACGAUGACCGGCGGGACCGCGAGGACGACCGGCGGCGUGACGGUGUUUCCAUGCCCUUCUAAAGUGGCACUCGGGGAAACGGUGUUUCAAUGAUGUCAACUGCGCGGCGGCGGUAUCAGCUCACGUACACAGACACGUGCGAUGUGCGUUGAUCGAUGGAAGCAGCUGUGGAAAGGAGAAGAGAAACGGGCAAAGUGAGCUGCAGUACGUAAAAUCAUAUAUAUAUAUACCUACAUAUAUAUAUUAACAUAUAUAAACACAAUACAAAACGAUGUGUGGAAAAAGAAACGAGAAACAGUAAAAACACAGAAAAGUAACCAGUCGUGCGAUAAUAUGCAAAAGAGAAAACUAUCCAGUCAUGAUCAUAAAUAUCCCCCAGCACCGAUAACGAAGGGUUCUCCCGGCAAGAAAGCUGAAGUACAAGAUUUUUCUUCUAAUACGGCAAAGUGAAUUCGUGUUGAGAGGAGAGACAGUUUUUACCACGUAAGAAAAAGCAACCGGCAAAACAUGAAAGCUAAACACGUUACUCGUUAGAAGCAGAGAAAGGGAGAGGCAGUGUGACGCGCAGAAUUCCAAUCAGCGAAGAGAGCAGGACGGCGGCAACAAAGUAAAACAGAAAUCGCUACAGCAGAGCAGAACAGAAUCCAUCCUUCUCUCUCCCCGGUAGUAGAGUUUUAGAGUACAGACAGGAGAGACCUCCCUUUCGCGGUUUGUUGUAACGAAAGACCGAGAGUUCUAUUGCAUUUCUAUUUGUGUCCGUUAGCGAACAGAGAAAGAGAGAAAAAGCAGAAGCAGGUAGAUAGAUGACGCGCGUACAUGGUUGUGUGUGAGUAUGUGCGUAUUUGACACACAUACACAUCAGCACUCCGAUGCAUAGACAGAGAGACAGAGAAGUGUGGUAUAUAUGCAUCGCAGCAUGCGACGAAGAACAGACAGAAUGAUGCUGAUUGUACAGUAGUAAUCUGUUGUUUGUAUUUACCGCUCUUUUUAGCUAUCGGAUGCUCUUCUCUCGAAUCGCGUGUCGGUAUCCUUUUAUCGUGUACAUUUGACGAGACUGAUUCCAUUCGUUUUUUGUUUGUAUAAUUUAAUAAUGUGCUAAUCGAUCUAACGCGUGUUUAGGGCGAGUGCCUCUUUUCCUUUUUUUAUGAUUUCGUUUCUCCAGAGGCCUCCGCAGAAGAAUUAGGGUUUGAUAUUCCUUCAACGAAGUUUUCCAUUCGUUCCACUCUGAUUAAUUAUUACGUACGUAUACCGUUAAACAUGCACUUUUAAAGCUAUAACUGCAGGAAAAGAUACUGAACAACAGACAAAUUUAAUGGGUUUAGCUUUUAUCGUACUGUAAAACCAGCUAAACGGUGGUAUAUGGAGUUGAAUGACGAAAGCAUGCAGGGGAGGGGAUGUGAAAUGGGUAAAAUACUUUAACUAACAAUCGAAGCGGAAAAUUGUACUAUCCGGACCAAACUCGGCGGAAAUAUAAGGUAGUGAAACAAAGCAGCAGAACACAGUAUGCGUAUAUCAAAGGCAGGAAACAGUUUACGGCUCUCCACUCAGCAACGGCGUAGCAUUAAACACAAGAUUAGCCGGAAAAAGCAUGUGAAACAUACGCAGAAAUAUAUAAACCGUGUGAAAUGACAAA